GCGGGUGGGGGAAAGCGGAAGCGGAGCGGCGGUGGGCGGCAUGCAGGUCCCUCCCCAGGACUACCAGAACGUCCCCAUCGACAUCCAGACCGGCAAACUCCUGGACUGGCUGGUGGACCGGAGACACUGCAACCUGAAAUGGCAGAACCAGGUGCUGGCCAUCCGCGAGAAGAUCAACGCGGCCAUCCAAGACAUGCCAGAGAACGAGGAGAUAAAGCAGCUGCUCGCGGGGGCCUACCUGCACUACUUCCACUGCCUGAGGAUUGUGGAGAUCCUCAAGGGAACUGAGGCUUCCACCAAGAACCUCUUUGGACGCUACUCGUCCCAGCGCAUGAAGGACUGGCAGGAGAUUGUGUCCCUCUACGAGAAGGAGAACACCUACCUGGCCGAGCUCGCCAGUCUUCUGGUGCGUAGCAUCAGCUACGAGAUCCCCUCGCUGAGGAAGCAGAUCAGCCGGUGCCAGCAGGCCCAGCAGGACUUCGCCCGCCGUGAGGAGGAGUGUCAGCUGGGGGCAGCCGAGCUGCGAGAGCGGUUCUUUGCCUCCUGCAAGCAGUAUGGCAUCACAGGUGACAACGUGCGCCAGGAGCUGCUGGCCUUGGUGAAGGACCUGCCGUCGCUGCUGUCUGAGAUCGGGGCAGGAGCCAGCGCACUCUCUGAGGCCAUCGAGCUGUACCAGGCCUGCGUGGAGUUUGUGUGCGAGAGCUCUGCAGAGCAGGUGGUGCCCCUGCUGCGGCACGUGGGGAAGAGAGGCAACACAACCGUCUAUGAGUGGAGGACGGGGCUCCAGCCCCUGCGGGUGGAGAGGCCGGAGGUGGAGGAGGUACCAGAGCAGCCGAAGGAGGACACGAUCGACUGGGGAGACUUCACACUGGAGCCGACCAAGGUGGAUGAUGGUGCUGCUGCUGAUAAGGGAGCCCAGGGCGAGGAGAUCGACUGGGGGAUCACGCUAGAGGCUGGUCCACAGCAGGAUGAUGGCAUUGACUGGGGAGAUGGUGAAAGUGAGGAGGUGCAGAUCACUGUGCUGGAGGCUGGCACCGAGGUGCCGGAGGGGGUUGCCUGCGGCUCUGACGCCCUGACACUCCUGGAAAACACUGAGACCCGGAGCCAGUUCAUCGACGAGCUCAUGGAGCUGGAGCUGUUCCUGUCCCAGCGCCUGGUGGAGAUGGAGGAGGAAGCCGACAUCGUGGCCGUGAGCCAGUUCCAGCUGGCCCCCGCCGUGCUGCAGGGCCAGACCAGCGCCCACGUGGGCUCCCUCCUGGCCACCACCCGGGCUCUGCUGGGCCAGCUCUGCACCCGCAGCAUGCAGCACCUCUUCAUGAUCCUCGCCUCCCCCAGGUACGUGGACCGUGUGAGCGAGCUGCUCCGGCAGAAGCUGAAGCAGGCAGAGCUGCUGCUGGCCAAGAAGGAGGUGAUGAGCCAGAAGCAGCAGGAGGCCCUGGCAGAGCAGGGUGCCUUGGAGCCCAAGCUCGACCGACUGCUGGAGAAGACCAAGGAGCUCCAGAAGCUGAUCGAGGCGGACAUCUCCAAGCGCUACAGCGGGCGGCCGGUGAACCUGAUGGGUGUCUCCCUGUGAGCCUGCGGGGACAGACACCCCGAGAGAGGAGCAGUGUGGGGGCCCUGCUCCCCAGCCCCCACCCCAUUCACAGCCCUGGGGCACUGGUAACAUGGCCGCGGCCUCACUGGGUGGGUGGAUGUUGCUGAAUAAAGCCAAAGCCCAUUGA